AGCCGGAAUCGACUUGCUGGGCUAACCCCGGUGCCUAUAGUUACCGCAGGUACCUGCAUCCCUGUUUUAUUUUGAGUGAAUCCUCUAUGCCUCCGAGACUCCGGAGCUCCUGCAGCCUUCUCAUCCGGAGCCUGAAGAGAGGGAUCUUUCAAGUCACAGAGACGUGGGCGGAUCCGGCAUCCCAAUCAGCUUCAUCACGCUGCUUCUGGAAUCCUAGCCACCCAGGCUCUGGAAUUCAAUGAGGCAGAUUCUCUUCAAACUCAGGCCAUCCUGUCCUUUGGAGCCAGGGGCAGAUGGAGGGACAGACAAGUAGAGGGAGAAAUGAAAGCGAAGAGGAGGUGCAGGAGGGUCCUGGUUGGGGUGGGCAGAGAGCUGUCACCAGCAGAGGAAGGUCCCAAGCACCUGAGCAGGAUCGACACCAUGGCUGCCAGCCUCACGGUAUUGCUUCUACUUCAGGCAGUGUCGUGGGCAUCAGGUGCUCGUCCCUGCAUCCCUCAAAGCUUUGGCUACAGCUCAGUGGUCUGUGUCUGCAAUGCCACGUACUGUGACUCCCUUGACCCCCUGACCCUUCCUGCCCUUGGCAACUUCAGCCUAUAUGAGAGCACAAGGAGUGGACGUCGGAUGGAGCUGAGUACAGGGACCGUGCAGACCAGCCGCACAGGCACAGGGCUGCUACUGACCUUGCAGCCAGAACAGAAGUUCCAGAAAGUGAAGGGAUUUGGAGGAGCCAUGACAGAUGCUGCUGCUCUCAACAUCCUUGCCCUGUCACCUGCUGUGCAGAAUUUGCUACUCAAAUCGUACUUCUCUGAAGAAGGUAUUGAAUACAACAUCAUCCGGGUACCCAUGGCCAGCUGCGACUUUUCCAUCCGCACCUACACCUACGCCGACAUCACUAACGAUUUCCAGUUGCACAACUUCAGCCUCCCAGAGGAAGAUACCAAGCUCAAGAUACCCCUGAUUCACCGAGCCCUGGAAAUGACCCAACGCCCCAUCUCACUCUUCGCCAGUCCCUGGACAUCACCCACUUGGCUCAAGACCAAUGAGGCAGUGAAUGGGAAGGGAUCACUCAAGGGUCAGCCAGGGGAUAUCUACCACCAGACCUGGGCCAGAUACUUUGUCAAAUUCCUGGAUGCCUAUGCUGAGCAUAAAUUACGGUUCUGGGCCGUGACAGCCGAGAACGAGCCUACUGCAGGGCUGCUGAGCGGGUACCCCUUCCAGUGCCUGGGCUUCACUCCUGAACACCAGCGAGACUUCAUCGCCCGUGACUUGGGUCCCAUCCUCGCCAACAGUACUCACCGCGAUGUCCAUCUGCUCAUUCUGGAUGACCAACGCCUGCUGCUGCCCGGCUGGGCCCAGGUGGUGCUGGCAGACCCAGAGGCAGCUAAGUACGUUCACGGCAUUGCUGUGCACUGGUACCUGGACUAUCUGGCCCCAGCAAAAGCCACCCUGGGCGAGACACACCGCCUGUUCCCCACCACCAUGCUCUUUGCCUCAGAGGCCUGUGUGGGCUCCAAGUUCUGGGAACAGAGUGUGCGGCUAGGCUCCUGGGAUCGAGGGACGCAGUACAGCCACAGCAUCAUCACGAACCUUCUCUACCACGUGGUUGGCUGGACCGACUGGAAUCUUGCCCUGAACCCUGAAGGGGGACCCAACUGGGUACGCAACUUUGUCGACAGCCCCAUCAUUGUGGACAUCACCAAGGACACGUUUUACAAACAGCCCAUGUUCUACCACCUUGGCCACUUCAGCAAGUUCAUUCCGGAGGGCUCCCAGAGAGUGGGGCUCGUUGCCAGUGCGAAGAACGACUUGGACACGGUGGCACUGGUGCGUCCCGAUGGCUCUGCAGUUGUGGUGGUGUUAAACCGCUCCUCUAAGGACGCGCCUCUCACCAUUGCGGAUCCUGCCGUGGGCUUCCUGGAGACAAUGGUACCUGGCUACUCCAUCCACACCUACCUGUGGCGCCGCCAGUGAUGGAGCAGCUGCCCGAGCAGGUGCCUGGGUUCAGCAGGGGCAUUAAAAGGACAGAGUCCGUUCCCGUGCUGUCUGUGAUUAAAGAGGGCAUAGCAGGGCCGGGGAGGGCUUACAAUGACAUAAGCCCACAAACAGUGGUUUGGGUGACUCACUUUCCCCUCUAGUUGGUGCCAGGGGCUGGAGGCCCCCAGAGAAAGGAUCAGGAAGCCCCAGCGGCCCCCUGCCCCCCAUGCUUGUGUAAGCGCGUGCUCUGUGCUAGUCGUCUGUGGAAACUGGGCCCAGGCCCAGGGUGAGCUCACUGUCUGUACAGACACAGGACAGAGGAGCAGCUGGAGGUUAAGGAAAGGAAGAAACUACAAAAGUGGGACCCGGAACCAGGCCUGCUUUUCAUUCCUGCAGAGGCAGCCAGGGCCCUGCAGAGGUGCCAUGAGCAUCGGGGCAGAGGAACUCAGGAGGCCCCGCCCCCAGGUGCCCCCAUGCCACCAGCUCAGCCAAAUGGCGGCCCCUUAAAGGAGAGAACGUCUGA